UUAUGUGUCUUGCCUCUGCAGACCGGGCAUGACGGUGCGGGCCGAGCUGAGGGUGUAGCCACAUCUGGCGCAGACUGCUGAAGUAAGCAGGAGCCCCUCAGAUCACCAAACCAUCGACUGCAGCAAGGAAGAUGGGUGAGACAGAGGAGGAGAGGGAUAGUGUGGGGAAGCUGUUUGAGAACUUCAUCCAGGCCUCGACCUGUAAGGGGGCCCUACAGGCCUUCAAUGUCCUCUGCAGACUAGUCGACCUGGACCCUGCAGACAACAGCACCUUCUACAGCAGCCUGAAGGCCAAUGUCAACACCUGGAAGGCCAACGCUCUGUGGAGUAAGCUGGACAAGAGGAUGUCACAUAAAGAAUACAAGAAAGGCCAAACCUGUGCUGGCACAAAGUGUCUCAUCAUCGGCGGAGGCCCCUGUGGUCUGCGGACGGCCAUCGAGCUGGCUCUGAUGGGUGCCAGAGUGGUGGUGAUAGAGAAGAGAGACUCUUUCUCGCGGAACAACGUGCUGCACCUUUGGCCCUACACCAUUCACGACCUGCGAGGCCUCGGGGCCAAAAAGUUUUACGGCAAAUUCUGCGCAGGGGCCAUUGACCACAUCAGUAUCCAGCAGCUGCAGCUGAUCUUACUGAAGGUGGCCCUGAUCGUUGCAGUGGAGUUUCACAUCAAUGUGGAGUUUGACAAGCUGUUGGAACCUCCAGAGGAUCAGGAAAAUGAAGGGAUUGGGUGGAGAGCUGCAAUCCGACCUGCUGAUCACCCUGUGGCUAACUUUGAGUUUGACGUGGUGGUGGGGGCCGACGGACGCAGGAAUACUUUGGAAGGUUUCAAAAGGAAGGAGUUCAGGGGGAAGCUGGCGAUCGCCAUCACAGCCAACUUCAUCAACAGGAACACCACGGCAGAGGCCAAAGUAGAAGAGAUCAGCGGCGUGGCUUUCAUCUUCAACCAGAAGUUCUUUCUGGACCUCAAAGAGGAGACAGGUAUUGAUCUGGAGAACAUUGUGUACUACAGGGACAACACUCAUUACUUUGUCAUGACUGCAAAGAAGCAGAGUCUGCUCGACAAGGGAGUUGUCAUUAAUGAUUACAUCGACACCCAGAUGCUGCUGUGCAGUGAAAAUGUCAACCAGGAAGCUCUUCUGUGCUAUGCCCGAGAGGCUGCUGACUUUGGCACCAACUACCAACUUCCAACCCUGGAUUUUGCCAUAAACCACUGUGGGCAGCCAGAUGUGGCGAUGUUUGACUUCACCAGCAUGCACGCCUCUGAGAAUGCUGCUCUUGUCAGGGAGAGGUUUGGACACCAGCUGCUGGUAACGCUGGUUGGUGACAGCCUGCUGGAGCCCUUCUGGCCCAUGGGGACGGGUUGUGCCAGAGGCUUUCUGGCUGCCUAUGACACCGCCUGGAUGGUAAAGAGUUGGGCUCAUGGACGGACCGUUCUGGAAGUGCUUGCAGAGAGGGAGAGUAUUUACAGGCUGCUUCCACAGACAACACCUGAAAACAUUGCCAAAAACUUUGAACAGUACACCAUAGACCCUGGGACUCGAUACCCCAACCUAAACUCCUCUUGUGUCAGGCCCCACCAGGUGCGUCACUUGUACAUCAGUGGAGAGCUGAAUUCCUGUUCUUUGGAGCGAGCUGCUUCUAUACGUCGGCCUGUCAAUCUGAGAAGACACGAGUCUGAAAUCAGACCAGCUAGGCUUCUCACCUGGUGCCAGAAACAGACCGACGGCUACAAGAAUGUGAAGAUCACAGACUUGACAUCUUCCUGGAAAAGCGGCAUCGCUCUCUGUGCCUUGAUUCACCGGUUCAAACCCCAGCUGAUAGAUUUUGACUCAUUAAAUGAAGAAGACCAUGCUGCAAACCUCCAGCUGGCCUUUGACGUUGGUGAGCGGGAAUUUGGCAUCAAAUCGCUUACAGCUGGGAAGGAGGUGGGUGCCGAUCAGGAGCUGGAUAAGACCAGGAUGAUCAUCUACCUGUCCAAGUACUACGAGCUGUUCCGUGGCACACCUUUACCUGCCUCAGGUUCCAGAGGAGUGGAUGAAAACAAAGAAGAUUAUCCAUCAAGGGACGUCCGAAGUAAUAAUAAUGUUCUCAAUCAUGCACUGCCCAGGAAACGGGUACCAAAGGAUGAAAAGAAGUCAGAUGGCACAGAUCCCAUUUACAAAAGGAGGCGGAAAUUUAGCAGUUAUUUGGAGGAGGCCACCAAUCUGUCUAGUAACGGGUCCCCAGUGCGAGAGAGCCGCGAGCCUAAGGAGAACAAAGUACGCUCAAUGGCUUCUCAGUUGCUGGCAAAGUUUGAAGGCUCGCCCACAACGGUUCGGAAAACACAGUCGGACUGCGAGAGGUCCUCGACACUGCAAACGCUUGACCUGACUGGGAGUCGGCACAAUAAAAUCAGGCCCCCGGUCCCACCUAAACCUCCUCCUGAGAUGCAGUUUGAAGUCAGUAUCAGAAAAGCAGCACAACACUUAGUCCACCUGCCUCCAAAGACCCUGCCCAAACCCCAGCUCCAGCUCCAGUCCCAGCAUCAAUUUUCUGUAGUGAAGCUCAGACAUGUUGAUCAAACACACGCUGAGACGAAGCCCCCGCCUGAGCCUGAGUGUGCAGACCCCCCUGCGUCUCGUUCCUCCUGCCAGUCAGCCAUCAAUUUCAUGUCAAGAGUCUUGCAGCGACUCAGGGAGGUGGAUGAGCACAUCUCUGAGAAAAAAGCUCAGACACAACAAUCUAGAGAGUUUCAAAGAAAGAGUGUAAAGGAGAAAGCUGUUCACCUUAGUGAGAUGUUCACAACAGACAGCCCAGCUGGACUCAAGGGCGGCUCAGUGCGAAGGGCGUUCCCCCCGUCAGGUGACAGGUGUCACUCAUGCGAGAGGAGGGUUUAUAUGGUGGAGAAGGUCUGUGCAGAGGGGCUCUACUUCCACAGGGAGUGUUUUCGCUGUUCUACCUGCAGCUCUGCACUGAGACAGGGAGCACAUGCCUUCGACUCUGAGCAGGGGAAGUUGUACUGCCAACUUCACUUUGAUCAACGCAACAACGGGACAAAGCUGCGAAGGAAUUUAUCGCAACGCUCUAUCCGUUAUGAAGCUGGAGUUCCGGAGCAGUCUGAUGCUGACAGACAGAGCACAGAAUCCAGCAGCACACCAGACCUGCAGAGUGAAUCCUCAGCAGGUACUUUCAGCUCGUUCAUUAGGAAGCGUCUGAGCUGGCCCCUGAGUGUGACACGCACGGUGUGUGACGCCCCCUGGUAUCUGUCCCGACGUGUGCGUAGUACAGCACAGGCCCUCACCACCCACCUGAGGGACAAUGCCCAGGACUACACUUUCCUCUAUGAGCUACUGAGCAUGAGUUUGCCCCUGCUGCUUGUCUUACAGGAAGUACUGCUGCAGAUGUACACAGAGGCUGUGCCCGAUGGGCCAAGCUCUCUGCAGCCGGUACUGCUGUGGCUGCAGGAGCAGAUAGGACACAGGCUUAUCUAGACACUCUGCAGACCCCAGCUGUUAAUAUCUGACCCUGAACAAGACUCCAAAUGCCUUUUAAGUCAGUGGCCAAGGUGCACAUCAGCAGGAAUGUUCUUGCCUUAUUAUAAUUUGUAGCUGUGCACAUGCACCUUGUUACGUUUACCUGCAUUUCCUGAUGCAACUGUAGACAGAUUUGCUUUAAGACACUGUACUACAGAGGGUUGGGAACAUUUUAGAGAGAACGAAAGCUGCACCAAAUAGUUUUGUAGUGGGUUUGAUGUGGGUUAAAAUAACUUAAAAGCUUUAACAAGUUAAAAUGAAAAAAAAAAAAAAAAAAAAAAAAAAAACAGGCCAAAGUCAGUGCAUUAAAGGACUUGAGACUGCUGAAACGUCAAAUCAUCAUUGCUGUAAAUCUCAACCUUCGAAGUGUCCUGCUAAACAAAUCCUGCAGUUACUUUAGUUUAACUCAGGCUAUGACUGACUGACUUAAUGCACUUUAUUCUUUGAAAGAUGCCGGGUCAUUGGGGCAGAAAGCUAUCCCAUGUUUUCUUUGUUAAAGCUGACCACCAGGCAGGUUUAUGUUUGACUGCAUAUGUGCUUCUGCCAUAUGUUUUUAUUUUAUGGAUGCUUGUUUGUGUGUUUUACACAAAAGUUAGCUUAUUCGCUUUAUUAACUCUGACCUCUCGGUUUACUUUCAUUAUCAGUUUUUAUUGUUUUUUUUUUUUUGACAGAUAAUACCAAAGAAUCUGAGUUUUUAAUGCUGUGUUCUGCAGUUUCCUUUUUAGUGUUUAGUUUGACUUUGCUGCCAUCUACUGUUGACUCAGAAUAACCAUGAAGGCAACACGAGAUAUCCUAAACCUCCCCCUGUGUAACUCUACAGGAAGCGUAUAUGUUUGAAUCGAUUGAAUGUUAAAAUCAGAUGAGCUGUAGACGACGGGAGCUGGUGAGCAUGUGAUGUGUUUGAAUGUGCUGACUGCUCUUGCCUUCAUUUAAAGCAUGUUGUUUAAAGAUCAACUGCAAACCUCUUUACUGAAGCCUCACAGUUUCUUCUCUAUCAGACACACUAUCUAAUGAUGCUUCAGAGGCACUCUAGAGUAUUUCUAAAUCUAAUAUUUGAAAGUUGUAUUUGUUAACCUAAUUCAGGCAUUAUUUUAAGUGUUUUACGGCAUGAAAUGCUGGAUGUGCAACAUGUUUGUCUUUUGUUAUCGUGUGGCUAAUAUCUGAUGUUGAAUUACUGAAUCUGCGUGUCUGGUUUACAGUGCACAAAAGGGUCGGAGCUUCAGUGUUUUUACUAUACCAAAGAGCUGUUUUCUUACACACUGACUGGACUUGUGUAACGUUUAUUUUUCCAUGUCUGUAUAACAAGGUGACAGACUGUAACUCGGUGCCAACACAAAUGUUGUCUUUAUAAUGAAUGUCAGUAUUUGUUUUGUUUCCAUAAACAAUUUUCUACCUU